AUGCAUCACUCCGGAGCAACAGUUUUUAAGUACGAGAUGGUCUACAGAGAUCGAAAAAAAAAAAAACAAAUACGGUUCGAUAAGACUACGGUGCGACUCCACCGCAGGGGCGACAGAACCGCCGAUCAAAGAUCAGGUUGGUCGUCGCGAGAGGGAACUACACAGGCCGGCGGUGGCGGCAUUGUUGCGCGGGUAGUGGCGGCGCACGGCCAGCCAUGGUGGCACGAAUUACCUGUGUGUGUGCAAGCUGUUGCUUCGCGCCCACCGGUGGCGGCAGCGGCGGCGGAGUGGUAG